GUCAGACACCUCGGUAGCUUGAUAGACAAAAUAGACGAACCACUAAACCGCUUUAGAUGCUUCCGUAGAGCCACUGUGUUUUAAACCCACUUCUGUCGUCUAGUUAGUUAUCCGAUUUAAUGUCAUAUUUACGUUGUUGUUCUUGGUCAGCUAGCGGGCUGGUUAAGUUAGCAUUAGCCUAAGCUAGCUAACAUCCCCGACCAUGAGAUCACUAAGCUACUCUCCUGCUAAAGAAGAGGAGGUCUGCUGGACGGAGAAAGAAGCUCUCGUGAAAGAGGAGGAAGAAGAGGAGGCUGACACAAUAAAACAAGAAGUAGAGGGUGAGGCAGUGAAAGAAGAAGAGAAAGACGCGUUCAGAGUGAAAGAGGAGGAGGAUGUUACAGUAAAAGAAGAGGAGGAAGAGAAAGACCAGGAUGCAGUUUUUGGAGUGAAAGAGGAGGAGGAGGAAAUGACUGUCACGUCGAAAAAGGAGGAGGAGGAAACUGGAUAUCUGGGCCCGGUUUCCCAAAUUCAUCUUAAGGCAUCCAAUGGUUCUAACAAUGAACUGAACCAUAAGAUGGUUUUGAGAAAUCGUUCCCUGAUUAACACUAGAGAGAGACGUGACUAUCGUGGAUCCUCUGGGGAGCCUCAACAACAUCAUGAAGCUGAUGAGGCAAAGAAGAGUCUCUCCACAUCAGAAACCCUCACAAAACACCAGCAGAGAUCCACAGAGAAGAAAUCUCAACGCUGCUCUGACUGUGGGAAGACCUUUUCAAGAUUAUAUACAUUACAAUCACACCAGAGAAUUCACACUGGAGAGAAACCUUUCAGCUGCGAUCAAUGUGGGAAGAGUUUUGUUACAUCUGGCUGUCUGACUAUACAUCAGAGAACACACACAGGAGAGAAACCUUAUAGCUGUGAACAAUGUAAAAAGAGUUUUGUUACUUCGAGCUCUCUGACUAUACACCAGAGAACACACACAGGAGAGAAACCUUAUUGCUGUAAUCAAUGUGGGAAAAGUUUUGUUUCAUCUAGCCGUCUGACAAUACACCAGAGAACACACACAGGAGAGAAAUCUUAUAGCUGUGAUCAAUGUGGGAAGAGUUUUGUUUCAUCUAGCCAUCUGACUAUACACCAGAGAAUACACACAGGAGAGAAAGCUUACCACUGCUCUGACUGUGGAAAGAGUUUUUCUAUCUCAGGAAAUUUUAAAUCACACCAGAGAACACACACAGGAGAGAAACCUUAUAGCUGUAAUCAAUGUGGGAAGAGUUUUGCUCAAUCAAGCAACCUGAUAGCACACCUGAGAAUACACACUGGAGAGAAACCUCACUGCUGCUCUGAGUGUGGGAAGACCUUCUCAAAAUUAUAUACAUUACAGUCACACCAGAGAAUUCACACUGGAGAGAAACCUUAUAGCUGUUCUGAAUGUGGAAAGAUAUUUUCAAAAUUAUAUACAUUACUAUCACACCAGAGAACACACACUGGAGAGAGGCCUCAUAGCUGUAAGCAAUGUGGGAAGAGUUUUAUUCGCUCAAGCUGCCUGAUGGUACAUCUGAAAAAACACACAGGAGAAAAAUCCUUUAGCUGUGAUCAAUGUGACAAGAGAUACUCUGAUAAAAGAGCUCUGAUAAAACAUCAGAAAAUACAUACAUGAAGAAGUUGUUUCAUGAUAUCAAUUAAAUAAUGUCACAAUGUAGAAUGUUUUAACAUUGUAGUAGGAGUGUUCUAAUGAUGUCACAAUGUAGAAUGUUUUUAACAUUGUAGAAGGUGUAUUUUAAUUAAUAAUAUGACAAUGUAGAACCCUAAUAUUUUGCCCCUGUUCUAUUGAGUUCAGUGUGAUGUGGAUAUUAGCCUCAUCAGGGGAAAAAUCCAGGUUCUGAAAUGAAAGUACUAUUUGUGAUUACUUGUUGCGUUACACUUAUUGCAUUGGCGACCCACUUGAAUCAAAAUGCAACACUUCAAAUUGUGUCGUCUACAAAUUGUCCUCUAACCAGUGAUGUACACAUUAUUCCCAGAUUCCGUGUGUUUUUUGAGCUGUUAGUUUUAUCAGGUCGUGCAACCUCAUCUCCCCCUCUUGUGCCAUUGAUUUCAACGUGAUAUUGAUGUGAGUGAUGCUAAAUAUGUGUUGUGUUUCUCUUCGUUUUGGAGACCCCGACAUUUAAAUGCGUCACUCCAAAAUGUAGCUGACUGUCUUCUGCAGGUUGUCCUCUAACCAGUGAGGUAAAAUAUAUCUCCCAUUUCCAUGUUUUUUGUUGUUAUUUUUUGUUCGUUUCAACAGCAACCUACAACCUGAUUUCCCCACUAAUAGAUAUCAGUGAUUUAUUGCCAGUUGUCAAAACAAGUGUUUUAGAUGCUUGUUUUUUUAUUUUAUUUAUUUUAUUUAUUUAUUUAACAGGUCAGUUAAGAACAAAUGUUUAUUUUCAAUGUCGGCCUAGGAACAGUGGGUUAACUGAUUUUUACUUUUGUCAGCUCAGGGAUUCAAUCUAGCAACCUUUCGUUUACCAACGCUCUAACCAAUAGGCUACCUGCCGCUCCGAACUGCUUGUGCAGUUUAUAAAAUAAUAAUAAUAUGAUUAUUGUUUCAGAUGUUUGUGUAGAUAGUACAUUUUAUGUUUAGGUUUUCAAUAUCACAAACUGUAUUGGUUAUUGAUUUGGACCCAUUACAACAUGUUUUGACAUUGGGCUACAUAGUCAUCUUUUCAAUAACAUUUGUCCGACGUCCAACAUUCAGUUUUAGUUGAGAGCCGAUGUUUUUUUCUUCUUUUUCUUUUAGGUCGUUGAAAAUAAGUAUUUUUUCAUGUCUUUGAAAAACUAUAUAACGACGUCAAGACUACGUUCGGUUUUGGUUGAACGUUGAAAAUACCUAUAUUUCAAGUAAUUGUUUCAAACAACUUAAUUUCAACCUACUUGCAGCUUAUAGAAUUGGACGCAGUAAAUAAAUAAAAAUUGGUCUAUGAA